UUUUUUGGGCAAUCGGUCGGUGCCCGCUAUCUCUUUCCCGCCUCCACGUUCUGUCGAUGAAACGCUUCGGCCCGUCAUGGCCGGCCCACACAACUGGACCCGAGAGACAAAACCACAAGGGGAGCAUCUCGGGCCGUACCUGAACCGCGUUAUCUGGACGCUGGCGGCACUCUCAGGCCUCUUCCUGGGGCUACGCCUGUUUUCCAAGCUAUGGCGCCAUCGAGGGCUUUGGUGGGACGACCACUUCUUGAUCGCAAGCUGGCUUGCGCUCGUCAUCUCGUGUUCCUUGCAGUCGGUCGGAGUCACCUACGGACUAGGCAGAUUAUAUGCCGAACUUGACGAGCCAACAAUCAACGCCAUCUCCUUGUACUCGAUGAUCGCCGGCUUCGGCUCCAUCCUCGCCACCUGUUGGAGCAAGACGUCGUUUGCCAUCUCCCUCUUGCGCAUUUCCAACGGCUGGGUCAAGUGGUUCGUUUGGUUCAUCAUCAUCAGCGUCAACCUCGUGCUGGGCUCAAACGGCGCCAUCCAGUGGGUGCAAUGUUGGCCCAUCCAGAAGCGCUGGAAUUACUGGAUGGAGGGCAAUUGUUUCGAACCCAAGAUUGUACAGAGCUACAACGCAUUUAUCGCGGGUGCGCACUUCCAAGACAAGCCUACGGGAGGUGACGAGGUGACUGACAGGGGGCACUCGACAGCAUUCUCGGGCUUCAUGGACAUCGUGCUUGCCCUCCUUCCCUGGAAGAUUAUCUGGACCGUCGCCAUCAACAAGAGGGAGAAACUGGGCGCCUUGGUAGCCAUGAGCGCAGGUCUCAUGUACGUCUGGCGCGGACCAUGUAUGAGAGUUCCUUCUGAUGGUGCUACAACAGAUCCGGAGUCAUGUCAUUCCUCAAGAUCAGAACGCUCUAUGUGAUUGGAAACGAUAACGUAACAACGGUCGACCUCUUCAUCUUUGGCACCGCCGAGCCAGCCAC